AUGUUCAAGAUAAUUUCUGAUAGGUUUAAGAUUGUAGUUAAUAUUCUAUCUUCUUAUACUAGAUGUGAAUUUCAUAAAAUAAAAAUGACUGUAAAUAUAGACCAGUGGAUUGAAAUCGCAAAAGACUGCAAAUAUUUACCUGAAACUGAUUUGAAGAAACUUUGUGACUAUGUGAGUGAUCUCUUACUUGAAGAAUCAAAUGUUCAACCUGUAUCCACCCCAGUCACAGUAUGUGGUGAUAUUCAUGGACAAUUUUAUGACUUAGAAGAGUUGUUUCGGACUGGUGGCCAAGUUCCUGAUACAAGUUAUAUUUUUAUGGGUGAUUUUGUUGAUAGGGGUUAUUACAGUUUGGAAACAUGGACAAGAUUGUUAACUUUAAAAGCGAAAUAUCCAAAACAUGUCACACUUUUGCGUGGCAACCACGAAAGUCGACAAAUCACACAAGUAUAUGGAUUUUAUGAUGAAUGCAUGUCUAAAUAUGGAAAUGCAAAUGCAUGGAGAUAUUGUUGUACAGUAUUCGAUUUGCUCACUGUUGCUGCGAUCAUUGACAGCGAGGUGUUGUGUUUGCAUGGAGGCCUUUCACCAGAACUGAGAACUAUAGACCAAAUGAGGACGAUUGAGCGAAAUAUGGAGAUCCCACACAAAGGAGCAUUUUGUGAUAUUGUGUGGUCUGACCCAGAUGAAGUGAGCACAUGGGCAAUGAGUCCUCGUGGUGCUGGGUGGCUGUUUGGAAGGAAAGUUACAAAUGAGUUUAUGAAUUUGAAUAAUUUGGAUUUGAUAUGUCGCGCACAUCAACUGGUCCAUGAAGGUUAUAAGUAUAUGUUUGAAGAGAAGCUUGUGACUGUUUGGUCCGCUCCUAACUAUUGUUACCGCUGUGGAAAUAUAGCCGCAGUACUUUCGUUUACUGAUGCUAAAACCCGUGAUGCAAAAUUAUUUCAAGCUGUUCCUGAUGACGAUCGAGUCAUACCAUCGCGCACAACAACGCCAUAUUUUUUAUGAUUAUAUCUGCUAUAAAUUGGAACUGGCUUUGGGCUAUUUUGGAGCACAGCGUGAAAAGACACUUAUAUAGACAAGUCUUGAAGUUUUUAACUUAAACGUUUGAGGUAAACAUCUUUCCCGAAUUUCCCUAAGCAAAAUCUUAGUGCUGAAAAAAUUUGGUUAAUUUGGCGAGUUGUUGUCAAGUAGAUUUACAUCAAAUUUAAAGCAUUUGAUUAUUUGCCAAUUUAAAUUCAUAAAUUUAAAGGGAAAAUACAGUUAACAUUUGUUCAUUUGUAAUAUGCUUUUAAAAGUUUUAUAAUUUAAUAUGUUUUCAAUACGGAUUUCGAAUAUUUAAUCUAUUUUUUGAAAAAUAUUGAGACAAAGCUAACGUUGGUAAAUAAAUUCGGGAAAGGUGUAUAAGGACAAAGUAAGAAGUACCAAUAAAAUUAUUUUACGUUCUUCUAAUUAAUUCCCAUCAACACUAACAAAGAAAAUUGGUGAGAUAUUUGCACUCAGCUUUCCGUAGAAUGGAAUUAGCUAUUUGUUUUGUAUUUAUGUAGAUUUUGAUAAAUAAAAACUCGACUCUUA